UAAUCAGCAUCGGUGAAAGUGGGGAAAAGUGAAAGCGGAAAAAGUAACAACGAAAAUACACACAUUCGCAUUGGCUUUCAAGGCUAUUCACCUCCACCUUCACUCACCUUGGCAGCACAAUAUAAGAAAAGACGCGCAGCACUUUCUCCCUCUUCAUUCCUUCCUCCAUCUUUCCUUCCUCCAUCUUUCCUUCCUCAACCUCCUCAGUCGACAGAUUCCGUCCACUCUUUGGACAGAUCUCGUUGACCAUUUGCACAACCAAAAACAACAUCGAAAUCAUCCCAAAAAAUACCAGUCGACAUGCCGCGUGCCAGACCUUUCGCAGGUGUCAUCGGUGGUCUCACAGGCCAGAAGCGCCCCGUUCCUCUUGACAACACCGAAACAACUCAGAUCCCAAAGCUUCAAAAGAUCGACACAUCUGAAAUCGAGAAGCGCGUCAAGGAUCUCAAAGCCGAAGCCAAGGCAGAACUGAAGGUCCUUGAUUACUCGAAGUUGCGUAUCGCUCUGCACAGUGUCAACAAUCUGAAGAAGCAAGGCUGGAUCGUCAAUGGAGACGAGGCCAGAGACCCAUAUCUGAAGGAGAUGAGAUUCGGCUCUCGCCGCCUGAAGUGGUGGCUGAACACCAAUGACAUUUCCAUGACCAAGACCAUCCGCGCAGACCCAUACUUCGCAGACGAUGCUAUCUUCGAAGACAUGUUUCCUAAGGAAAUCUCCCGCGUCUUGUUAUUCUUGGCUGUCUGCCAAUCGGUCAACGAGUUUGUCAAUCACAUUCCCGACAUGGGUGACGAGAUGAUGCAGGCUGAGAGAUACUUUGAGGAACACAAGAGCGUCAAAUUCCCGGACGUCUGAUCCAAGAUCUGGGUUUGCGGACACGCGGCCAUGCACCGCAGCGGAUAACAUGGGCUGGGAGAUCGAUCGGCGCAGGAAGCAAGACCGGCACAGAGAGCAAGGCCAGGUACUUGGAAGACAGCAAAAAGUAACAAGACCCAAUAAUGAAAAACCAUCUCCU